AUGAUAUUGUUAAUUGAACAACAACAACAACAAGCUUUUGUUUCUAUUAAGUAUACUUGGAUUACAUCGCCCUUUUUCACCAGUACCAGCACCAGCACAGAUACAAACACAAACACAAACACAAACACAGACACAGACACAAGUACAAGCACAGAUACGGCUAUGGUCAUUUAUCAUGAGACAUAUAUUCUUGGUAUCAGAAACACCCUUCAAAACCAUCUGAGAAUGACUUCCGCAGAAUUAACACGUCCGAAAUUGUUUGGAAAAAAGAAUCGUGAAUACAAAUGUCAUAUUAGCGGUUUCUCUCUUUAUAUGUACAAAUGGUCUGUAGAGGUGAAACGGAAAUAUACACAUAUUCUUUCUAAGGGUAUACAUUGGUCCUUGUAUCAUCCUACGUUUAUUGGAGGAGGUAAUAUUGCCACAAAUUGUUCUCUUUGCAAAUGGCGAGUAUUCAUACCUUUAGGAAUAUUUAUGCAAAUAUUGGAGGGAGAAUGUGAUAUAAAGAAAAAGAGAAAUAUUUGUGUUCCUGAGCGAAUAUUCUUGGUGCAAGCUAGAUUGGGUACUAUACUAGCUAGGGAAAAUUCACUCGCUUUAUUUGUAGGAUUUAAAGAAAAAUAA